AUGCCCGUGAAAGAAACCGAGGCGGAUAGUAGGUAUGUAGUUGGAUGCGCGAGCAUGGAGCCUACAAACACUAGCUAUCCGAACGCCACUCAUACGCCGAACGUCAGUAAACCCGAUAAUGUCAAUCGUAGAACUAUUCAGUUUCCCGAAGGGAAAGAACUGUUAGAGACGGACAAAACCGAGCCAAAGCCGCACAAGCGCGAAAACAAUCGAGCCACGGACGAUUCCCUCCGAGAAAAAAU